AAAGUUGGCUGCAGUUGAAGUUUUUGUUUUUAUUUUGCCGGGAAUUAAAAUCGAAAACUACAUUUUCCUGGCGCAGAACAGCCAUGAACCUUUUCGAGGAGCUGGACACCCUGGAGCCCGCAGCGAAACUAGUGCCGCCGCGGCUCGAGCCGCCCACGGCCCACAAAAUUACUAUGCUGAUACUGUUGAAACAAUAUGUUAUCAACAAAAAGGCAUGUUUGGAUACCGGGAUAUCCAUGGCCACCAAGCGGCGCCGCAUGUUCUAUAUGCUUAUCUUCAAAUUGAUUCAGGAGGCGGACAAGACCUACAGCGAGCUGCACAGUCUACUGACCACUGGGAAAUACAGGCUGGAUCCCCUGUUGUUGGAGGCUUUUGAAAAGGCCAUGUCAGAGUUUUGUGCCGGUAGCAUUGAGGUGCUCUUCGACUUUGCAGAGAUCCAGAACAUCGAUGAGAUUCUGAAUGAGAACUAUGGGAUAAGCCAGUUCAGUAUGGUGGGUGUUUACGUUCGUCGAGUGGGUGUUGUCCUCGAACGCCUUAGUUUCGCGGAGAUGAUGGAUAUGUACAAGAAUAUUUGCUCAUACUACGAACGAGGCGUUCGAGCUGCUGCCACGGGCACCAGAAAGGCUGUUGCUGGGGGAAUCCUACACCGUGAGGAAACCCCUCCGCCCGUCCAGGCGGAUACUGAUAAAUCUGGACUUAAGGAAAAGGAUAAUUCGUUGACUGGCUACUUGGCAGAACGGAGUACCCUGAGCAGAUGGGGGCCCAAACAGGCAAAGUUUUUUAUCAACAAGCAAUCUGAGUUGCUGGAGAGUAACGAACGAAAUGCCCUUGCACCCAUGGAGCUGCAGAAAAAAGUCCAAGAAAUCAUCAGAGACCUUCCACUGGCAACCACUCCCUAUUUCCUGGGAUACAUGAACCAGCUGCGUGUGAGGGAUUACUAUAACGCACUGAACGCUCUUCACCGAGCAUUGGACAGGAGUCCGGUAAGACUGAUGGGCCAGGAAAAAGGAUACCAGUACUUUUGUGUAAACCUGGCGGUGCUGCAUGCCACCUUCGGCCAUCGAGACGAGGCGCUGGCUGCCCUCAAGGAGAGCACAAUGUUAGCCCAGGAACAUAGCGAUAAAAGCAGUCUGAAUCUAGCCAACACUUGGUAUUGCCUCUUGCGGGAUGAGCUGCCUCUAUCCGCGAUCCAAAAGAGCGUGCAAGAGGCCAACGAAGUGGAUGGAUCCCUGCUUCAGAACUACACCCUGGCUUUGCAUUUUGCCGUCAAACUGGGAACGGUGGCAGGCUAUCAGCCCCUGAAACUCUUCGAUCUCCUUCAGCGUAGUGAUAAUCUAACCAACCGCAACAACUUUGCGGAUCACUCCUCGGAUGCAUUGGCUUUGAGAAGUGCCGUGUGGUGCGCUUACGGAAGGCACGAAUUAGCUGCUCUGUACUCCCAAGUCCUGUUAUCAGUCCGAGAUCGGGCGGAAUAUUGUUCAGCCGGACUAGGCAGUGCCUUGUCCAGCUACGCCCUGUGGCUCCAACUUCAGGGGGAAUCUCGAUUGGCCAAGGUGCUACUCCAGCAGGCGAAGGAACGUUUUCCCCGAUUGCCCAGCGCCGAGGGUUGGAUGAUCAGUCAGUGCCAUGUGAUCAUCCAAAGUGGGAUAUACCAGUGCCGCUGGCACGAUGCCUUAAAAGCCUGUGAUCAGCUUUACCUGCUGGACCCCUCGGAUGCACUGAUGCAACGAGCUUCAAUUUACGUAGCCAAACGAGAGUUUUUCAAUGCUCGAAGACUGCUGGACAAGCUGGCCACUAAGGAUCAACUGCCGUUUCUUCUGCGUAUGCGGGUUCAAGUAUUACUCGGCUACUGCAGCAUGACAGAUGGACGUUUCUCCAGCGAGACUUCCAUGCUUCUGCUGCGUGUUGCUGAAAACAUGGCAGAGUGCCAGAUGGAUUACGAACUAGCCUUGGUGGACAUGCUGCUGGCGCAGCAACUACUGCUUCUAGGACUGCCCCAGAAGGCCUAUCAGUCGAUUAAGCGGUGCAUGCACGACAUCCACAUCAACGGAGGACUCUACGAGAGAGCGAAGUCAGACUUUGUUUUCGUACGCUGCCUGCUGGCGAUUACCCCAAACAAUGUCGAGCAGCGGAAGGCGCAACUCCUUAAGUCAUUGGAUAUCCUAGAGCGCGCCGCUCAGUCCUUCAAGAAACUUUCGGCCCACGCCAAAGUCCUGGAUGUGUACGUGUUUCUGGCGCAGCGAUUCAACGAAUUCGGGGAGCGUAAUUUGCGGAACAAGUACGCCGGCGAGUUCAGGCGUUACUUUACCGAGCAUCCGAUUCCUAGAGAAUAUCUCAGUAGUCCCUAGAAAAUAUAUAGUAUGUACAAAUAGAGUUUCAUGUUUCCGACCCGACA